GCAAGCGCUGCUCGAAGACGUGUCCCGACGAAAGUCGGCAUCAGGUCCUUUUCGCUGCGAUGCCGUCCGCCAUGGCAGAGAUCUGCGCGGGGCUGCGCCGCGUGCUGCGGGCCCUGGCGAGGAGCGCGGUGCCAGCCGCGGUGCCCGCGCCCGCGGCGUCGGCGAAGGCGCCGGAGGCGCCGCAGGUCCAGGGCCCACCCGAGGUCCUGGCCCCGCCGACUCUGGCGCUGACGCUGCUGCAGCAGAACUUCCUGGAGGCUGAGAUGGCGGCCAAGGAGGAGGUCCAGGGCAAGGUGGCCGAAUUCCGCCGAAUGAAUGGCGGCCGGCCUAUGAACGGUCCGCAGCGGGUUGAAGUGGAGAAUCUCUUCAAGCUCCGCAUGAAGACGGCGGAGCUGGCGAAGAUGGAGGCCGAGGAAGAGGAACGCCGCAAGGCUGCGGCGGAGGAGCACAACUUGGCUCCUCCAGACGAGGCAAUGGUGGCCUGAGCUUUCCUGCGCAAAAAGAACGAACCACCGCGCAGUCCAAGUGAGGUGGCGAGAUGCCUGCCGGUUGGGGUGGCUUUUGAAGUGAGGGGGUGCCCAUAUGUUGAGAGGGAAAUGUAGCUGCAAUCUGCUUCAAACAGUACCACCCCGACGGCCGCUCAGUUUGGAACCCCCCAUCCACAAGGCCCGAUGCGCGGGGGUCCGAACCAGUGGGAGAGCCCUGUCAUUGGUUCAGGCAAGAAGAUGACAGCGGCAAGCCCAGAAAUUAAUGAGGUGCUUUGGAUUGGCGGUUUCUUUGUUGCGGUGUCCAGUGCCGAAUGUAGACAAGAACUGCCAACCAUAAAUGCAGUUUCACCAGCGUCCGCUUUCAAGAGACUUGAAGAGGCAAGACAAGUAACGGCCGACACCUCCGUGCUUGGUGCUGAAAUCUGACAAGUCUGACAAUAGAAAUUUCGAGCUUGGUUCUUGCC